AUGGCCUACGCCAACUACGACCUACCAUUUACCUUGCACACGGACGCAUCAGGUUCUGGUUUGGGAGCUGUGCUUUACCAGCAUCGAGAUGACAAAGAUAGAGUCAUUGCAUUCGCCAGUAGAUCGCUCAAACCGGCCGAAAAGCACUACCCAGCGUAUUAUCAAUUUUUGGCGUUGAAGGCCAUAACCGAAAAGUUUCACGACUACCUGUACGGUGCAACUUUCGAGGUAGUUACAGACAACAACCCACUUACAUACGUUACAACCACUGCGAAACUCGACGCCACGGGUCAACGCUGGAUGGCAGCGUUAGUCAAUUAUAAUUUUACAACGCGCUAUCGACCAGGGAAGAACAAUGCCGAUGCAGAUAGUUUAAGUCGCUUGAUCAUUGAUCCACCAACCUUCCAAGCUUUGUCAACAUCAGUGGCAGCGACAGUGGAAGCCUUAACAGUCAUUCUGAGUACGGUCAUUCCCGAAAGUAUAUCAGAAGUGGAAGCUCAGGGUCCACUCGACGGGCUGUCCGACAAACGCCUGGUGGUGCCGCCUCAAAUGGGGAACAACCUGAUAAGCCAGAUGCAUGAAACCAUAGUAGGGCAUCAGGGUAUCAAGCGAACAGAGGAAAACAUCAUGUGCAUUAUUGAUGAGCCCAGUGAGGUUGAGGAGUUCACUGACUGGUUGGGGUCUUUCGAUUCUGAUGACGGUCCGAAUACGGCUUUUCACAAGGAUCAGAAUCAGCAGGUCGUUGUGUCGAAACUGACGUCUGCGGAGCCGUGCGAUACUGUCAACCCUACACCACUGUUUGCAAAAUCUGAACCUGAGAUGAGAGAAGCUCGAAAGCAACUGAGGCGGUCCGAGACAAAUACGCGAGUUGGAACAUGCCUGCCGGCGGAAUGUUCAGUUCACGGCGACAUGGUCAGGAACCUGCUCCCUGGCUGGCACUUUGUUAUGCGGUUCUUGAAACUCCGAGGUUGCCUCGCCUACUGA